AUGAUGCUGCUUCUCAGCAUCCUCCUGCUGUCGCCCAUGACCACCACGGCAGGGCAUAGCGACGAGAGAGCUCUUGUGGAUUUCAGGGCAAAGAUUACCACCAACUACGGGGUGCUGGCCUCGUGGAACAGCAGCACCAGCUACUGCAGCUGGGAGGGCGUCACAUGCGGCCGCCGGAGACGUGUGGUUGCUCUAGACCUCCACUCCCACGGGCUCAUGGGCACCAUCUCCCCUGCCAUUGGCAACCUCACCUUCCUGAGGGCGCUCAACCUUAGCUUCAACAGCCUGCAUGGUGGCAUCCCUCCAAACAUAGGUUCCCUCCGCCGCCUCUGGUAUCUAGACCUGCGGGACAAUUCGCUUGUCGGCGCCAUCCCAAGCAACAUCAGCCGUUGCACCAGCCUCAAAAUAUUGGUGAUCGCUGACAACCAGAAGUUGCAAGGAAGCAUACCAGCCGAGAUCGGCAACAUGCCGAUGCUAACUGCCCUCGAACUCUACAACAACAGCAUCACUGGAACCAUCCCACCAUCUCUGGGGAACCUUUCCCGGCUCGCAGUCCUGUCCCUCAAGGGCAACCAUCUACACACAACUCUGGUUCCUUCAGCUCUCUAUCAACAACCUCUCAGGACUGCUACCGCAUUCACUGUACAACCUGUCAUCUUCGAAAGUAACCGAUUGACUGGAACUAUUCCAAUGUCACUCACGAAUCUCUCCAGCCUCCAAACAUUUGACAUAUCCAGCAAUGAGUUUACCGGGGUUGUUCCUUCCGCAUUGGGCAAACUGCAAUAUCUUCAAUGGUUUACUCUGGAUGCAAACCUACUUCAUGCAAACAAUGAGCAAGAAUGGGGAUUCCUUACUUCCUUGACAAACUGCAGCAGAUUGCAAGUACUAUCGAUCGGAUGGAAUAGGUUCGCGGGGAAACUACCAAGUUCAGUGGCCAAUUUGUCCACCAGCAUCCAAUUGCUACGGAUUCGCAGAAACAAUAUUGCUGGUGUUAUCCCAUCAGGCAUCGGAAAUUUGAUUGGCCUUCAGCAGCUUAUUCUUGGCGAGAACCUACUCACAGGGGCCAUUCCAGUAAGUAUAGGGAAGCUGACACAAAUGAUCAAGCUAUAUCUGGGCUUAAAUAACUUCUCCGGAACCAUUCCAUCCUCAAUAGGAAACCUCAGUGACCUAUUUGCACUUGGUAUAAAUUCCAACAACAUGGAGGGAUCAAUUCCUCCUAGCUUUGGAAAUUUGAAGAAGCUCAUAGCUCUAGAUCUAUCCAGUAACCAUCUCAGAGGCUCCAUCCCAAAUGAAAUUAUGAACUUGACAUCAAUCUCAGCAUAUUUGGUUUUGUCGGACAACUUACUGGAGGGACUUCUUCCUUUUGAAGUUGGCAAUCUGAUAAAUCUUGAACAGCUUGCUCUAUCAGGAAACCAGCUGUCUGGCAAAAUUCCUGACACCAUCAGCAACUGCAUAGUAUUAGAAAUUCUCCUAAUGGAUGGCAAUUCAUUUCAAGGAAACAUUCCUCCAGCUUUCAAGAAUAUGAAGGGGCUUGCUGUACUGAACUUGACGAGCAAUAAGCUGAACGGAAGCAUCCCUGGGGAGCUAGGCAGUAUCACUAACUUGGAGGAGCUGUACCUUGCCCACAAUAAUCUAUCAGGAGAAAUCCCAGAACUCUUUGGCAAUUCAACAUCACUGAUCCGUCUCGAUCUGUCCUUCAACAAUUUACAGGGAGAAGUACCAAAAGAAGGGGUUUUCAAGAAUCUAACUGGACUAUCAAUUGUUGGAAACAAAGGAUUAUGUGGUGGAAUACCACAGCUUCAUCUUCAAAGAUGCCCAAACUCUGCUGCGAGGAAGAACAAGAAAGCCAUGCCAAUGGCUCUUAGAAUAGCAGUGCCUGCAGUAGGAGCUAUUUUGGUCCUAUUCUCUGGUCUUGCUUUGGCUGUAUUUCUUUGCAAAAGGUCUCAGGCUACAACGACAAAAGAGCAACAGCCACCUCCCUUCAUUGAGAUUGAUCUUCCAAUGGUUUCAUACAAUGAAUUACUCAAAGCAACUGAUGGGUUUUCAGAAGCCAAUCUCCUGGGUAAGGGAAGAUAUGGUUCGGUGUACAGAGGCAAUGUAGAAAAUCAGGGCAUUGUAGUUGUAGUGGCAGUCAAGAUACUGAAAAAGAAAGUGGAAAUGGAACACUCACCAUGGAACAAAGGUUAG